AUGAGGGCAACCGGCAAGGUUAUCCUCCUCCGGCUGCUCUUCUUGGCAUUAUGCAUCUCGCUCCUUCCCAUCCAGGCCCCCGCCGCUGACAAGCUCGAGAAAGGCCAGAACCUCACCGACGCCGACGGCGACACGCUCGUCUCGGCCGGCGGCAGCGGCACCUUCACCCUCGGCUUCUUCUCUCCCGGGGCGUCCACCAAGAGGUACCUCGGCAUAUGGUUCUCCGUGUCCAACCACACCGUCUACUGGGUCGCCAACCGCGACCAGCCUCUGCCCGACAGGUCCGGCAUGCUGGUGUUCAACGACGCGGCCACCCUCGUCCUCCUCGACGGCUCCCGCCGGACGGUCUGGUCUUCGUACUUCUCCGGCGGCCCUUCCGCCGCGACGGCUCAGCUUCUCGAGUCCGGCAACCUGGUCGUGCGCAACGGCAGCAGCGACGCCUACCGGUGGCAGUCGUUCGACCACCCGUCGGACACCUUGCUGCCCGGCAUGAAGCUGGGCAAGAUCUUGUGGGCCAAAUCCGAGCUGCAGCUCACGUCGUGGCGAUCGGCCGACGACCCGUCUCCGGGUGACUACCGCCGCACGCUGGAAACCAAGGGGCUCCCGGAGCUCGUCCUGUGGUACCGCGACGUCAAGGCGUACCGCACGGGGCCGUGGAACGGGCUCAUCUUCAACGGCGUCGAGGAGGCGUCGACGUACGCGGACAUGUACCCGCUGCACGUGAGUGGCCUGACGGACAGGUCGACGGAGAUAACGUACGGGUACACCGCCGUGCCCGGCGCGCCGCUGACUCGCGUCGUGGUGAACUACACUGGCGUGGCGGAGCGGCUGGUAUGGAAGGCGGACACCGGGGAGUGGAUCCCCUACUUCACCAGGGCGGCGAGGGAUAACACCUGCGAAGCUUACGCCAAGUGCGGGUCGUUCGGCCUCUGCAACCCCGAGGCGGCGUCGUCGUCGUUCUGCGGCUGCGUGCCGGGGUUCAGCCCCGACUCGCCGUCGGCGUGGCGGAUGAAGCAGUACGCGGGCGGAUGUCGACGAGACGCGGGACUGGAGUGUGGCGGCGGGACGACGACUGACCACUUCAAGGUGGUGCCGAGAGUCAAGCUUCCCGACACGCAGAAUGCGACGGUGGACUUGGACGUCGCCACGCUGGACGAGUGCUCGGCGAAGUGCCUCGCCAACUGCUCGUGCUUGGCCUACGCCGCCGCCGAUAUCCGGGGCGGCGGCAACCGUAGCGGCUGCGUCAUGUGGACGGAUGCCAUCGUUGACCUGCGCCUUAUUGACAGCAAGCAGGAUCUCUUCCUGAGGUUGUCAAAGUCAGAAUUCGCAGUAGCAGAUGGCCAUGGCCGCAAAAGUAAAGGGUUUCCUACUGCACUUGUUGUGGCACCUGUAGCUUCUAUUGUUACUCUUCUUCUGGUCGUCUUUGUGUUUUGGUGGAGAUGGAAGUGCAGAAUCUUAGGCGCUAUUCCUCAAAAUCCAUCCAUGGCCGUUCCUUUGCUAAAUCUAGCUACUAUAAAGCAUGGCACUGGAAAUUUUUCUGAGAGUAAUAUUAUCGGUCAAGGUGGAUUCGGCAUUGUUUAUAAGGGGCAGCUGCCUCAAGGAAAAAUGAUUGCUGUUAAGAGGCUUAAGCAGGCGGCUCUCACUAGGAAAGGCAAGAAAGAUUUCGCGAGAGAAGUAGAAGUGAUGGCCGGCCUCCGGCAUGGCAGUCUCGUUCGCCUCCUUGCUUACUGUAACGAAGGCAAGGAGAGGAUACUCGUCUAUGAAUACAUGGAGAACAAGAGCUUGAACGUCUACAUAUUCGGCACACCUAGCCUUCGUGCUUCACUGAACUGGGCAAAGAGACUGGAAAUAAUCCACGGCAUCGCGCAUGGUGUUGCAUACCUUCACGGUGGAUCGGGCAAGAGUGUUGCGGACUUUGGCACCGCGAAGCUGUUCGCCGUUGAUCAGAUGGCGCCUGAUCAGACAGUUGUUGUUUCACCGGGAUAUGCAGCCCCGGAGUACGAGAGACAAGGAGAGAUGACACUGAAAUGCGACGUCUACAGCUUUGGAGUUAUCCUCUUGGAGACGCUCAGCGGGCAAAGGAACGGCAGCAUGCAGAGGCUACUUUUGCAUUUUUUCAAAGUAAAUAAAGACAAUUCACCAUUUUUCAUUUUGAGAUGCAAGACCAUUAUACACGAUUCUACAUGCUCGAAUAAAAAGUCAGCAAAUCUCCUUUGGCAGGCUUGGGGACUCUGGGAACAGAGCAAGACCGUGGAACUUCUUGACACAUCAAUAGCAUUGCCACUUCCUGAAUCUGAGCCUGAGCUCUUGUCCGGGCUGAAACGAUGCAUCCAGAUUGGACUCCUCUGUGUCCAAGAAAUGCCCAGCGACAGGCCAACCAUGUCUGCAAUAGUUGCCCUGCUGACAAGCACAACUUCUCAGAUCGAUCGACCAGGAAGGCCGGCGAUGGAUAGCACGGCCGUGCAUUCAUCACAUGAGCUUGAAUCCGGCCUCUCGAGUCCGUCUACAGAUGAUCUGACAUAA